AUGUUCAGUUUGCUGAUAAAUCGCAAGAAUAUUGCAAUGCUGACAGAUAUCCUCACGAACAAACCAUGUGCACCGAUCGAAUCGAUUGAAGUGGAAAUACAACAGAAAUUCGACAAGCUGAUCGAGACGAACACUUUGCAUUAUGCGAUUCUGGUCGAAGUUACGUGUGUGUCAAUAUCGAUAGCGUCGUUGUGCACCGACUAUAGAAAAGAAAAGCUGACGUUCAGAGCAUGGUUACCGUACGACUACUCGUCGACGACGCUUUUUCACAUUACGUAUUUUCAUCAGCUGAUAAGCCUAAUAGUCGGAUCCGUUUUGCAUGUUGCCUGCGACGGACUUAUAUGUGGGCUAUUGCUACAUAUCUGCUGCCAAAUAGAAAUACUGAAUUACCGCUUGAAACAGAUCAUACGCAAUCCAGAAGUACUACGCCACUGCGUUAUACAGCACAAUCUUAUAUUCAAGUUUGCUCAUUUGUUGAACAAGAAAUUUAGAUACACCAUUACCUUUCAGUUCAUAGUAAGUAUGUUGGUGGUGUGUUUUACCUUGUAUCAAUUAAGCAAGAUGAGCGUAAAAUUCGUUGAAUUAGGCUUGUACAUGUCGUGUAUGUUGACGCAAAUCUUCCUGUACUGCUGGUAUGGGAACGAAGUCAAGUUAAAGGGAUUGCAAUUGAUUAAUAAUAUCUUUGAAAUGGAAUGGUUCGCGCUGGAACAAAGUGUGAAGAAGGAUUUGUUAAUAAUCACGAGACGCAGCACUGUGCCAAUCCAGUUCACCAGUGCCUAUGUUAUGCCUAUGAAUCUCGAGUCGUUUGUGACUGUUAGUACGCAAAAAUUAGCAAUAUUUUAUUUCAAUACAAAAUGUAAAUGUAAUAUUGAGUUUAGCCUUUUGAAAAUAAGGCCACGAAUGAUCUUGCUUUUGUUGCAGAUACUCAAAACAUCGUACUCAACUUAUAAUAUACUUCAACGAGCGCAAGAUACGAAUCUUCUGACGAUAUUCGGUUGCUGGCGGCCAGAUUCCUGCAACUCCUUGUAUAAACGCGUGGCGUAUAAUGUAUAUUCGAUCGUGAUGGUCGUCGUAUUGAACAGCUUCAUGUUGUCGCAAUUCAUGGAUAUAGUUCUGACAGUGGACAAUGCCGAGGAUUUUUCUGACAAUUUCUUUGUACUGCUCGCCAUGUUCAUCUCUUGCUGUAAAUUGUUCAGCAUGCUGAUAAAUCGCAAAAACAUCAUCACACUACUCGAUAUACUGGCGAAAAAGCCGUGUAGACCGUUGAGAUCAAACGAAAUGAAGAUUCAAUAUAAAUUUGACAAAGACAUAGAUCUGUAUCAAUUAACUAAAACGACAUCGCAUGCCAAGCAUGUCGAAAUGACAUUGUAUAUGAUUUGCAUGCUAACGCAAAUUUUCUUUUACUGCUGGUAUGGAAACGAGGUGAAGCUAAAGAGCUAUGAGCUGAUCGACGAUAUUUUUGAGAUGGAAUGGAUGGCACUGGACGAAAACAGAAAGAAGUCUCUAAUUAUAAUAAUGAGGCGCGCGAUAGUGCCUAUUCAAAUUACUAGCGCUUAUGUAAUUCCCAUGAACCUCGAGUCUUUCAUGGGUGUUAAUGAGUUCAUGGAAAAUUUCUACAUGUUGCUCGCCAUGAUCGUCUCUUGCUUUAAAAUGUUCAGUUUGCUGAUAAAUCGCAAGAAUAUUGCGAUGCUGACAGAUAUUCUUACGAAAGAACCGUGUGCACCGAUCGAAUCAAUCGAAGUAGAAAUACGACAGAAAUUCGACAAGCUGAUCGAGUUUGCUCAUCUGAUGAACAAGAAAUUUAGAUUCACCAUUACCUUUCAGUUCAUGGUAAGUACGUUGGUGGUGUGCUUCACCUUGUAUCAAUUAAGCAAGACAAGCGCAAAGUUCGUUGAAUUAGGUUUGUACAUGUCGUGUAUGUUGACGCAAAUCUUCCUGUACUGCUGGUACGGGAACGAAGUCAAGUUAAAGGGGUUGCAACUGAUUAACAAUAUCUUUGAAAUAGAAUGGUUCGCACUGAAACAAAGUGUGAAGAGGGACUUGUUAACAAUCACGAGACGCAGCACUGUGCCCAUCGAGUUCACUAGUGCCUAUGUUAUUCCUAUGAAUCUCGAGUCGUUUGUGACUUUACUCAAAACAUCAUACUCAACUUACAAUAUACUUCAGCAAGCGCAAGAUUCGAGUGUUUGA